AGCAUCCCAGUGGAGGGGAACAGGGAUCCACAAGCCGCUUCCCCACUGGGAUUUCCCCUGGAUGGUGACCCUGAUGCUUCCCCCCGGGCAGGUCUCCCCAGUGAUGAAGAGCAGUGGGAUGCACUGGUGGCUUGUCACUGUCCUGGGGGUGCUGAGCAGCCCUGGUGCAGGGGCCGGGAGCUGCGGUCCCCAGGAGCAGGGGACACCGGGAUGCGCCCCCGGAGAGGAGCCCAUUGGGGAAUGUGGCUCAGGGGGGCUGUGCCGAGCUUGCCCCCCCGGCACCUUCUCACGGGGGGACACAUCCUGCUCCGCUCACACCCGCUGCCGCGAUGGGAACAGGAUCCUGGUGGCUCCGGGCACCGCGGGCACCGACAGCCGAUGCGGAUCCUGCCUGCCGGGGUUUUACAGCCCUGAAGGGGAGAAGGAGCCCCGGGGUCGGUGCCUGCCCUGCGCCAGCGCUCCCCGCAGCACCCCGGGGUGCCGAGGCCGGCGGCGAGGCCGCAGCCCGGAAGCACUGGAGCAGCCAGUGGGGACCAAUGGGACAUGGGUGGCUCUGAUGGGUGAGGAAGAGGAGGAGGAGGCAGCAGCAGCACAAGCGGCUGUGCUGACCAUCGUCCCGGUCUUCUGUGCCAUGGGGCUGCUGGGCAUCCUGGUCUGCAACCUGCUCAAGAGGAAGGGUUACUACUGCACCACCAGCAAGGAGCCCCAGCCUGGAGCCACCGGUCCCAGCUCCAUUUACCAGCUGGAGGAUGCCAAUGAGGACACCAUCGGGGUGCUGGUGCGGUUGAUCACUGAGAAGAAAGAAAACGCAGCAGCGCUGGAGGAGCUGCUGAAGGAGCAUCACAGCCAACAGCCACAGGGCUGCACCCCCCCAGAUAAGCUGCACCUCCUGCCUCAGUUUCCCCCCUCCUGCCAGCACCAGCAGCACCUCCACACAGUGCAGGGCCCAGCCCCGUGCGCCCGCUGCAGCCAGAAGUGGCCGGAGGUGCUGCCACUGCCCAGGGCCACCAAGGGCCCCAAACCGGGGGCUCGGCCCGCUGAGGUCACCAUCCUCUCUGUGGGCAGGUUCCGGGUGUCCCGCAUCCCGGAGGUGAGGAGCAAUGCUGGGGGUGAGCCCCACCAUGGAGCCCUGCCCACCGGGAGUGGGAUGUGGGUGAGGAGCACUGAUGGCCCCCCCAAGCUGGCAGCAGGCCUGGGGGCUGCCUCGGGGGGACGGUGACACCCACAGAGACCCCAUGGAGGGGGCAGAGGAUGCUGGGCGCCGUGUGAAGACCAGUCCUGUGUGGAGCCGUGAAGUGCUGGAGGCGGCAGCUUGGCUUCUCCUCCUGCCACCAAGGUGUCCAUCAGGAGCAUGGCAAAUCCAUCGUCGGGCCCAGCUGGUGAGAAGGAUUCCCUGUCCCCAAGGACUGGUGGUGGCCAUGGCAUGGUGGGCUGGUGGAGAGCAUCUCCUGGAGCUGCAGCACCAGUGGUGAUGGUCACAUCGUGGUCCCCUGAUGGAGAGCAUCUCCUGGAGCUGCAGCACUGGUGGUGGUGGCCAUAUCGUGGUCCUCUGAUGGAGAGCAUCUCCUGGAGCUGCAGCACCGGUGGUGAUGGUCAUAUCGUGGUCCUCUGAUGGAGAGCAUCUCCUGGAGCUGCAGCACCAGUGGUGGUGGUCAUAUUGUGGUCCUCUGAUGGAGAGCAUCUCCUGGAGCUGCAGCACUGGUGGUGGUGGCCACAUCGUGGUCCCCUGAUGGAGAGCAUCUCCUGGAGCUGCAGCACCAGUGGUGAUGGUCAUAUUGUGGUCCCCUGAUGGAGAGCAUCUCCUGGAGCUGCAGCACCAGUGGUGAUGGUCAUAUUGUGGUCCCCUGAUGGAGAGCAUCUCCUGGAGCUGCAGCACUGGUGGUGGUGGCCACAUCGUGGUCCCCUGAUGGAGAGCAUCUCUGGGAGCCAUGAUGCUGGUGAUGGUGGCCACAUCGUGGUGCCCUGAUGGACAGCAUCUCCUGGAGCUGCAGCACUGCUGAUGGUGGACUGAUGGAGAGCAUCUCUGGGAGCCAUGAUGCUGGUGAUGGUGGCCACAUCAUGGUGCCCUGAUGGAUAACACCUCUGGAAAGCCAUGAUGCCAGAGCACAGCUCCAUUGGAGACAGACACCAUGCAGUGGAGGAUGUCAUGCAGCUGGGAUGCCAUUUCACAGUCACCUUCUUGCUCUGUUGAACUGAAGCCUCUCCAGGCACAUCAUGAGCUCUUGACUUCCCUCCAUCACGAGGUACCAGCACUGCACUGGUACUGCACACUGCAGUUUAAUGACAGCCUGUGGAUCACAGAACAGCUCUCACCUUACAACAACCCACCCAGAGCAUGGGUUGAGCUGGCCAAAGCUGGUCUCCUGCAUGGACAUCUCUAUCCAAGGCCUCAAUCAGCCCAGGAGAUCCACUCUGCUCACCACGAAGCUCACACACUCCUCCUAUAGGAUCACACUGACCUCCUCAAUGGCCACGUUGGGCUCAGCGGAACAACCCACCCAAGGUUGAGUUGGUGCCCACCAAGCUCCACAUCCAGCCUAGAAAUGGGUUUAUGGCUGCUCCCAUUCACUUCUCCAUCCCCUCAGCACCAAAAAAACCAACCACAGCCCCCCUCUUGGGCUCUUUUAUUUAUUUUUUCUCUCUUUUUUGUUUUUGGAAACAUGUUCAUAGGUCUCCAAUGGUCUACAUCUUACAGGAAAUAUGGGACAGUUACAAACUCGGGGAUGGGGGGGGAGACCACGACCUGAUCUUCAGAACCAAAACCAGAACAAACCCCAAAACCAGGGAACUAAACCCAAAUGGACACUUUCAGAUGGACAAACCGAGGCUGGGGAGGGGGACGGGGGCUCUCCAGGGCAUCACUUCAAGGCCAUGUUCCCUCCACACCUUUGAGACUUGGAAGACAUGGUUACUCCUGGGUUUCGUCUUGAUUUCUCUUACUUUUUGGUAUUUAUGUAUUUAUUUUUUUGCUAAAGAGGUCAAAUACUAUUUAAAAAUGAGUUGAUUUGGGGGGAAAAAUGGGAUUAAAAACCUUAUUCCAUAGAAAGAAGGGUAAAACCCAACGUGGGUUUGCUCAGUGCUAUGGGAACGGGAGGGUUUGGGUGCUAUCCUGCACCCCACUGGCUCAGUUCUGCUUCCUUCCCAUGCUUCCCGACCUCUCUGAUCCCAAACCUCCUUCACCCUGGGAAACCCCAGCUCCAUCCCUUGCAGGGAGCUGCAGCGAUGCUGCAGGUGGCUGUAUUGCAUCAAUAGGCUUUUCCCUACAAACAGCACAACUGAGCGUUUCCAACUGGGAAUUGCUGCUGUUGAAGCAUGGAUUUUGCUACUCCUGCUUUGCCAACAUCCCUGUACCAGGCUGUUUUGCCUGGUUACAGGUAAAUCCCGAAGUGCCACGGUGCAACAUGCUGGGAAAACACCUUUUCCAAGCUCUCUUCCCUCUCAGGCUCCCAGCAGGCUUUGUUUUCCUUAUUUCCCUAUGGGAAUGCUAGUGCAUGGCAGAGAAACCAUCUGGAGCUCCAUCCUACUGGCAGCCCAAUGGGCUCAGGACAAAGUGAAAGGAAGAUGGGCAGAGGGUCACUGUGUUUUGGGAGUGAUGGAUGGAGGGCCUGGAAAUACUGACAAUUAAUAAAAACUAACCCAAAA